AAAGAAGAAGAAACGCAUCGUUUCGCUUCUCUCUACAAUUCUCUCCAACUCUCUCUCUCCUACAAAAACCGAACUACAGUGUGUAUGCAAAAACUCAGAGCUCCCUCCAAUAUAUCUAAUGAUAAUUAGUUAAAUUCAACCUCAAUUCUCUCGUUUUCUUGUUAUUUCUUUACCCCUUUUAAAUUUCAUGUAGAAUAAGAUAUUAAAUUAUACUUUAUUUCCCAAAAUUUUGUUAAAUUCGAUCCCCAUUCUCCUCUUUGCCUCAGUUGCAAACUCCAUUGUUCCCUCGCUUGCAGCACUGCGUUACAGUGUGAUGCGCAUGGGAGAUGUUUUGUCAGGGUUUUGGAAUUUAAAGUCUUGGGUUGGCGUGGUCAGAGAACUCGAACGGUUAUAUGGCUCUUCGGAAAUACUCUAGCACUGGCAAUGCAACUCCGGUCAAUAUUAAAUCUUUGACUUUCUCUAGUAAGGAGAAUGGGAAAGCCAAUGAAGCAAAUGUGCAAAAAAGGCCUACCGAAGCUGAUGUUGAUAUUGACCUCAGGGAGGUAUAUUUUCUUAUUAUGCAUUUUCUCUCAGCUGGACCGUGCCACAGGACAUAUGGACAGUUCUGGAAUGAACUUCUGGAGCACCAACUUUUACCUAGAAGGUAUCAUGCAUGGUAUUCACGUAGUGGCAUGCACAGUGGAGAUGAAAAUGAUGACGGCAUAUCUUUCCCCUUAAGUUACAAUAAGCUGGUGGAAAGGCAUCCCCAUGUUGAAAAAGAUCACCUGGUAAAGCUUCUGAAGCAAUUAAUGCUAGGUGCAACUGCUCCUUCACGAGGCUUGACUGGUGGAAAUGUACUGAAUGCAGCUACUGUUCCAACUCUCUUGGGAACUGGAUCUUUUUCUCUUCUGGCCAGUGAUCAAAAUGAGAGGGACCACAAAGAUAGACAUCCCCCACGCUACAUGCGCUGGCCUCACAGACUGGCAGAUCAAGUGCGUGGAUUAAGUUUAAGGGAAAUUGGUGGUGGUUUUUCUAGACAUCACCGUGCGCCAUCUACUCGUGCUGCUUGUUAUGCCAUUGCAAAACCAUCAACUAUGGUACAGAAGAUGCAGAAUAUUAAAAGAGUCAGAGGACAUCGUAAUGCUGUUUAUUGCGCCAUAUUUGAUCGUUCUGGGAGAUAUGUCAUUACUGGUUCUGAUGAUCGUCUUGUUAAAAUUUGGUCGAUGGAAACUGCUUAUUGCUUGGCCAGCUGCCGAGGACAUGAAGGUGACAUCACUGACCUGGCUGUUAACUUCAACAACACUUUAGUGGCUUCUGCUUCAAACGACUGCGUAAUCCGAGUUUGGCGCCUACCUGAUGGGUUACCGAUCUCUGUAUUGAGAGGUCAUACAGGAGCUGUCACGGCUAUUGCUUUCAGUCCUAGACCAGGCGCUUUUUAUCAACUUUUGUCAUCCUCUGAUGAUGGAACUUGUCGAAUUUGGGAUGCUAGAUAUUCCCAGUUCAGUCCACGAAUAUAUGUACCCAAACCUUCUGAUUCUGUAGCUGGGAGGAAUAAUGUACCCUCAUCCAGCACCAAUCAACAGACCCACCAGAUUUUCUGCUGUGCAUUUAAUGCUAGCGGAACUGUUUUUGUCACUGGCAGCUCGGACACUCUUGCCAGGGUUUGGAAUGCUUGUAAGUCCAGCACGGAUGAUUCAGAGCAACCUAAUCAUGAGAUAGACAUUUUAGCUGGUCAUGAGAAUGAUGUGAAUUAUGUGCAAUUCAGUGGCUGUGCAGUGGCCGCCCGUUUUUUCUCCACUGAUGCCUCAAAGGAGGAUGCUUUACCAAAAUUCAAAAAUACGUGGUUUAAUCAUGACAAUAUAGUGACGUGCUCUCGUGAUGGCAGUGCAAUCAUUUGGAUCCCAAGAUCACGUAGAUCACAUGUGAGUUUUUGUCCUUGGAUAAGAGCAUAUCACCUUAAAGUUCCUCCACCUCCAAUGCCACCUCAACCCCCUCGAGGAGGUCCACGUCAGAGAAUUCUUCCCACCCCUCGUGGCGUAAAUAUGAUAGCGUGGAGCUUGGACAAUCGUUUUGUUCUUGCAGCUAUCAUGGAUUGCAGAAUAUGCGUGUGGAAUGCUGUUGAUGGUAGCUUAGUUCAUUCUCUGACUGGUCAUACUGAUUCUACUUAUGUCCUGGAUGUGCAUCCUUUCAAUCCUCGAAUAGCCAUGAGUGCAGGAUAUGAUGGGAAAACAAUAGUUUGGGAUAUAUGGGAAGGUACACCAAUUCGGACGUAUGAAAUUGGUCCAUUCAAGCUGGUUGAUGGGAAGUUUUCACCAGAUGGGACAUCCAUUAUUCUCUCCGAUGAUGUUGGCCAAUUAUAUAUUUUAAACACAGGGCAAGGUGAAUCUCAGAGAGAUGCUAAAUACGAUCAGUUCUUUUUGGGGGACUAUCGCCCUCUUAUUCAAGACACACAUGGAAAUGUCCUUGACCAGGAAACACAACUUGCUCCUUAUCGGAGGAAUAUGCAAGAUCUCCUCUGUGAUUCUGGGAUGAUUCCAUAUCCAGAACCUUAUCAGAGUAUGUACCAGCAGCGGCGGUUGGGAGCUCUUGGAAUUGAGUGGCGCCCGUCAUCUCUGAGAUUUGCUGUUGGUGUAGAUUUCAGUUUGGACCCGGAUUAUCAUAUGCUCCCCAUAGUAGAUUUGGAUAUGUUGAUUGAUCCACUACCUGAGUUUGUUGAUGCAAUGGACUGGGAACCAGAAAUUGAGAUACAUAGUGAUGAUAAUGAUUCAGAGUAUCACAUAACAGAGGAUUACUCAUCUGGAGGUGAGCAUGUAAGUGUGAGUUCUGAUUCUGAUGAGCCCGAGUGCAGUUCUGGGAACAGUGAGGUUGAGGACUCCCACAGAGAUGGCCUUCGUAGAUCAAAGAGAAAAAAGCAGAAGGUGGAGAUCAUGACAUCUUCUGGACGGCGUGUGAAGAGGAAGAAUCUGGAUACAUGUGAUGACAGUUUAAUUAGGAAAAAUCGUAAUAGAAAAUCACGAAAUGGUCGAAAAGCCUCGAGUAUGAAGUCGUCAUCAAAGUCAAGGCCACAGAGGGCUGCUGCUAGAAAUGCACUUCAUCUGUUCUCUCGAAUCACAGGAACAUCAACAGAUGGAGAUAUAAAUGGUUCUGAAGAUGAUUCAUCUGGAAGCGGAUCGACACUGCAAGACUCAAGCUUCGCAAGUGAAGAAUCAGAUGUAUCUUUGCAAAAGGAAUGGUAUGAAAAUUCUAAGGGAAAAGAAAUAUCCCUGGACUACUCUGUGGGUGUAGAACAGCUCCAUUGGAAUCCUGAGUCUCAUUCAAAUGCUGUGAGCAAGAAGAGAUUGAUUCUGAAAUUGCCAAAUCGUGAUUCAAGUAAGUAUGUUUCUCAGCAAACCUUGGGGUCAAAAUGUGAAGCAGGCUCAUCAUCCGGAAAUCCUCAGAACAUUGAUGAAACAGAUAAAAUUUAUCUAAAGAAUGAAGAAUGUGGUGUUGAUGGUCAUAACAAGGAAAGAAGCAAGACAGAGCAGCCCACUAUUGUUGAACGUCACUUGGAUCUUCUUGGAGGAUGCAAAAAUGGUUCAAUUACAUGGGGAGGAGUCAAGACUCGCACCUCCAAGAGGUUGAAGGUUGGGGAACCUUUCUCAGCAGGUUUGCUUGUUGGAUCCGGUUCAGUUCUUGAUCAGCAUCUCAAAGCAGAAAAUACUGCUAAUGGUGAUUCAACUUUUACAAAGGAGCAUGGAACUGAGUCUCCAGAUUCAGGACUCCAAAAUCAAGAAGUGAUUGUGGAAGAAAUUGGUUACAAGCAAGAGACUUCUUUUAGGACGAGUAUGCCUGGAAGUCUAGAGAGAGAAAAAGAUGUCGAGGAAUACUUGGAAGUGGAUCGGGCUCAGGAUGAUCAUACCUCAAGUCAAUUUAACGAGGUUUGCAAUGGUACGAUGGUGCCUUCUGUUUCCAGCGCAAAUGGGGCUGAAAACAACUUUAAAUCCAAAGAGAAUGGUUAUCAGAUCCCGACAAAGUUAAGGAUAAGAUCUGGUACUCUGUCAAAGGACCAUGAUAACCCAAGCAUUGUGUGCCCAGGUGAGGAGACUGCCAAAUGUGUAUGUGAAAACCCCAACACCGAGAAGAAUUUAGAUUUACAAAACUUUGAAGGCAGCGGAACACCAUGCUCGGACAACAAAGAUCUUUAUGGAGUGCCAGAAUCCGAGAGUCUGCUGAACGAAGAUCCAUCCAGGUCCGUGUUGGAAGACUCAAUAAAGUUGGACUCAAAUAAAAGGAUGUUUACAGCUGUUUAUAGAAGGUUGAAGCCUUCAAGAGGUAGAAACAAUCCAGAAGGCGACAGUGCUAGCAUGGAGGCAAGUACUUCCAAUGGAAAACAAAAUCGAGAUGGAGAUAUUGAGAUUCCGCCAGAAGGGAUUCGUAGGGCCAGGUCUAUUCGCUUGAGGUCAACUACCCGGGACCUAAACAUGUCAGGAAGCAACUUCAUAUUUAAGGAACCCCGUGAUCAUUCAGAAGAUAAUUCAGUUGAUGUUGACAAAGAGUCUCUGAGUAGAGGUGAAGAGAACUCCUGUGGAGAAUGGAGAUCAGCAUCAAGGAGCACUAUUCGAUUAAGAUCCACAAGAAGCAAAAAAGGAAGUAAUUAUAUUCGGAAUAGUAGUCCGCCAAGGAAAUCAAAUCAAACUGGAAAAAGCUCCUGGUUGAUGUUGUCUGCACACGAGGAAGGAUCCCGGUAUAUACCCCAACGAGGGGAUGAAGUUGUGUAUUUGCGACAGGGUCAUGAGGAGUACAUAAGUUACAUCAACUCAAGGAAUUUAGGUCCUUGGGAAACUAUUAAGCGAAACAUCAGAGCUGUGGAAUUUUGUAGAGUUGAAGACCUUGAGUAUUCAACACAUCCAGGUUCUGGAGAGAGCUGCUGUAAAAUGACACUUAAAUUUGUAGAUCCUUCGUCUGAAGUAGUGGGGAAAUCAUUUAAGUUGACUCUGCCAGAAGUGACUGGUUUCCCAGAUUUUCUUGUUGAAAAAAGUAGGUAUGAUGCGUCUAUGGCAAGAAAUUGGACCUCCCGAGAUAAAUGUCAAGUCUGGUGGAAGAAUGAGGGCGAGGAGGAUGGGAGUUGGUGGGAAGGUCGAAUUUUAAGUGUGAAGCCUAAAUCUCAUGAAUUUCCAGACAGUCCAUGGGAGAGGUAUGUCGUAAAGUACAAAAGUGAUCCCACUGAAACACAUCAUCACAGUCCCUGGGAACUUUAUGAUACGGGUAGUCAGUGGGAGCAGCCUCAUAUUGACGAUGAUAUAAGAGAAAAGCUUAUUCAUACUUUAGCCAAGUUGGAGCAAUCUGGUUACAAAGUCCAGGAUUACUAUGGGGUUAACAAAUUGAAGCAAGUUUCACAGAAGACAAAUUUUAUUAACAGGUUCCCUGUUCCCUUGUCUCUUGAAGUUAUUCAGUUGAGGUUGGAGAAUAACUACUACAGAAGUCUGGAGGCGAUGAGGCACGAUGUUGAAGUGAUGCUGUCAAAUGCUGAAUCAUACUUUGGAAAAAACGUGGAGCUCUCCUCAAAAAUGAAACGUUUGUCUGAAUGGUUCAGGAAGACGCUAUCAUCCUUAUAGUUUUACCGAACACAAUUUUGUAGACUAAUUAGCCUACAUCUUAAUUGACACAAGGCUCCUGUUAUCUUGUAUAUAAUCCUUUUUUCUUUGGCUUUUGAUUUUUAUUUUUCACCGUAGAGAGUAGCCUGCCAUUUUAUUUUCAGGGAUUUUUAUAGAAUGGAGGUACAGGAUUACCAAAAUUCACCGACGGCUGUGGGAAAUCACCAGCAGAAAUUCUUUCAUGUAUAGCUUAACGCUUAAAGAGCAUCAAUCAAAAUCUUCUUAAAGUGGAAUUCACACAGUUCUUCA